AAUAUUGCUUUUAGAUUGACGCUGGAACUGGCGAAGUUGAGAUGAAAUCAUCGGUGAAGUCCCGUUCAAUACAGUUGGCCAGAUGUCUAACGAACGCGGGUCUGAAGCCUGGCGACGUGGUUGCCGUGUCGGGGGUUAACCAUCUUAACGCACACAUCCCCUUUUACGCUGGAUACUUAAAUGGACUGCCAAUCACUGGAAUUGACCCUUUCUACGUAUACGAGGAAGUAAAGGUAGUGUUAAAUAUAACAAAGCCAAAACUGGCUUUUUGCGAAGCGUCCAAGUUGGCAGACUACGAGAGGGCGGCUCGAGACCUCGGGUUGGACACUAGGAUAGUGACAUUUGGUGCCAGCGACAGGUCUUACGCCGAUUUCGUGAAGACGUACGAUGAUCAUGCGCCCGAAACCGAAUUCAGUUGUUUCAGAGUGGCGAACUUCGACACUGAAAAGGUGUACGCGUGGCUCAUCAGCACGAGUGGCACCACUGGCAUGCCCAAGGUCGCGGCCAUCAAACACUCCGAAGUCUUGAAGGUCGUAAAAUUAGGCGCACUUGUGAAACAAAAAGAAAGGGUCCCUGUUUUGAACCUGUCAAGCACGCACUGGAUAACUACUUACAUGUCGACACUGUGUAACAUCGCUAGCGCCCAACACAACGUGCAGACGUCGUCCCCUCAUACCGUCGAACAUAUUAUAGACAUUAUUAAUAAAUAUAAGCCUGCCAUGCUGACUUCAAGCCCGCUGCUAUUCGUCAACAUAUUGAGACACGAGAAAUACUGCGACCUUACGUGCUUUAGCAGAAUCGUCAUCUCCGGCUUCCAUAUGAAACCUGAAAUUUUUAAGCAGCUUAAGGCAAGGAUGCGACCUGACACCAUCAUAUGGAACCUCCUUGCACAAACCGAGUGUGUGGGCUCCAUUCUAAUGCCAGCACCUCACGGCCCUCCCGGCAAUUGUGGCCAAGAAUUGCCGUCGGUGAUACCAGUACAAUUGAGGGAUCCUCAAACUGGGGAAGUUAUCACUGAGCCAAACAGGACAGGAGAGCUGUGUACCAAGGGACCGAGGUUUACUGAAUACUACAAUAACCCCGAAGCUACAGCGGCCGCGUUCACCCCCGACGGCUGGUACAAGACCGGAGACCUGCUGUACAGGGACGAAGAAGGAUUCUUCUUCUACGUGGAGCGCAUGACCAGCUCGUUCAGAUAUCGCAACUAUUUCGUCACACCUUUAGAGCUGGAGCUAUUGAUCCAGGAGCACCCAGGCGUGCUGGACGUAUGUGUGGUUGGCGUGCCGCACCCUGAGGACGGCAAGCAGGCGGUCGCGUGCGUCCAGACACGCCCCGGCUUCACUCUCACAGAGCAGGAAGUUAAAGAUAUCGUUGCUGAGCUGGAGCUAUUGAUCCAGGAGCACCCAGGUGUGCUGGACGUGUGCGUGGUUGGCGUGCCGCACCCUGAGGACGGCAAGCAGGCGGUUGCGUGUGUCCAGACACGCCCCGGAUUCACUCUCACAGAGCAGGAUGUUAAAGAUAUCGUUGCUGAGCUGGAGCUAUUGAUCCAGGAGCACCCAGGCGUGCUGGACGUAUGCGUGGUUGGCAUGCCGCACCCUGAGGACGGCAAGCAGGCGGUCGCGUGCGUCCAGACACGCCCCGGCUUCACUCUCACAGAGCAGGAAGUCACACCUUUAGAGCUGGAGCUAUUGAUCCAGGAGCACCCAGGCGUGCUGGACGUGUGCGUGGUUGGCGUGCCGCACCCUGAGGACGGCAAGCAGGCGGUCGCGUCACACCUUUAG